GGAGCUUUGUCUCUUCCCCUCGCCACUCCAGCUUCAUGCUGCAUUUGGAAGCUGCCCUUUGUGCAUCGUUCAUAAACUAGUGAUUAAGUAAUUGGAUCAGCAGUGCACCUUCUGCUUCGUCUUAUUGCUGAGAUUACAUUCUGUUAUUUCCCUCUGAAUCCAGACAGAACUGUCACCCUGAGAAAUGCAUUGAUUUGGCAGACAGCAGUUGAUAUUUCCCCUCCCUUUCUCCAGAUCCUACCCUGUGCAGACUACUUCCUUACUGUAUAAAGCACAUUGAAAGCAGUGUUUAUGUUUGCUUGCUGAGACCAUUUAUCUCCCUGGAAUUAUUGCUAUUAAUAGUUUGGUGCAUUUCUUCAACUUGGCCAGGACCCCUACAGGAGUGGCAUCAGUUGGGUCUAGUUUGGUUGCACCUUUGCCUGGGUCAGAAUGUCGUGGGCUGCGUCUGUCGAGCUCGUUAAGCUGGUUCCGGGCACGAAGCUGACGGAGGCUGUGUCGUCAGAGGUGUUCUAGGCAGUCCAAGAUAUCGUCUGUCACUAGACGCCAUUGCAUUUAUUUAUUAAUAAACAUUGAGUCACAAGUCACCCAUUGUGCACCAUGGAAGUGGGCAUGCGUAUUGUACGUGGCGUGGAUUGGAUAUGGGGAAACCAGGACGAUGGAGAAGGACAUGUUGGUACUGUGGUAGAGAUUGGCCGCCAAGGCAGCACCACAACACCAGAUAAAACUGUGGUGGUGCAGUGGGACUGUGGUACUAGAACAAAUUAUCGCACUGGUUACCAAGGAGCUUACGAUCUGCUUCUCUACGACAAUGCACAGAUUGGUGUGCGUCACCCCAACAUCAUCUGCGACUUUUGCAAGAAACAUGGCAUUAUGGGAAUGCGAUGGAAAUGUAAAGUGUGCUUUGACUACGACCUGUGUACUCAGUGCUACAUGAUCAACAAACAUGAUCUUACACACUCAUUUGAGCGUCACGAAACUGCACAUUCUCAAGCUGUUCCUGUUGGUCCACGACAGAAUCUGCCAAGGAUUGUCCUAAAGGGGAUCUUCCAGGGUAGUAAAGUUGUUCGAGGACCAGAUUGGGACUGGGGCAAUCAAGAUGGUGGGGAAGGCAAAAUUGGGAAGGUAAUGGAUAUUCGUGGCUGGGACACUGAGUCAGGACGAAGUGUUUCAAGCGUCACCUGGUCAAACGGGACAACCAACGUCUACCGAAUGGGUCACAAAGGGAAGGUGGACUUAAAGUACGUCACAGAUGCUGCAGGAGGGUACUACUACAAAGACCAUUUGCCAAAGCUUGGUGAACACGCUGAGCUGCCCCGGCAGGAGAGUGCAGGUGGCCACGCCUUCCAGCACAGCGACAAGGUGAAAUGCCUUCUGGAGGUGGACAUUCUGCGGCAGAUGCAAGAGGGACAUGGAGGGUGGAAUCCUAAAAUGGCUGAGUAUAUUGGUCGAGCGGGCACUGUACACAGAAUAACUGACCGAGGGGAUGUGAGAGUGCAGUACAGCAAUAAUAUUCGGUGGACCUUCCACCCUGGAGCACUUACAAAGGUGGACACUUUCUCAGUCGGGGACAUUGUUCGUGUGAUGGAUGAUUUGGAAACAGUGAAAAGACUUCAAACAGGCCAUGGAGAAUGGACUGACAGCAUGACUCCAGCACUGGGCCAGGUUGGGAAGGUACUAAAAGUUUAUGCUGACGGAGAUUUGCGCGUGGGAGUUGGAGGCCAGACGUGGACCUUUAACCCUGCUUGUGUAACAGCAGCGCAGCCUGGAGAGGUGGAUGCCAACCUCAUGACCACAGACAGCAGCAAUGAUUCAGCAAGCACAGUCAUCUCUAUCCUAGAAAAAUUGUUGUCACAGUCAACUGACCAGGAUAAUCCCGGGCGUAUUGUAAUCGAGGCUGCUCACGGGAAUGCUGCAAAGGUCCGCGAUUUAGUGCAGAAGUAUCCAGAGAAGGUCGACAUUAAGAAUCAGGGCAAGACUGCACUGCAGGUGGCUGCUCAUCAGGGACAUCUCGAGGUGGUGAAAAUUCUCCUGCAGGCAAAUGCAAAGCUUGAGAUUCACGAUGAAGAUGGCGACACGGCACUACAUUAUGCAUCGUUUGGAAACCAGCCUGAGGUGGCCAGACUACUGCUCAGCAAAGGUGCGAAUGUCAAUCUGCUGAAUGGUUCAACAUGUUCUGCUCUGCACAUUGCAGUAAACAAGGGCUUCACAGAAGUGGUGCGUGCACUUUGCGAAUAUAACUGCAAUGUUAAUCUACAGGAUUCGUAUGGAGAUACUCCUUUGCAUGAUGCAAUUGCUAAAGAUUAUAGGGACAUCAUUAACAUCCUGACAGAGGUGCCAAACAUUGACUUCACUCAACAGAAUAACCGUGGCUUCAACUUACUGCACCACGCAGCCUUAAAAGGCAAUAAAUUAGCCACUGAGAAGAUCCUGGCCCGAGCCCGUCAGCUGGUGGAUGUCAAGAAGGAGGAUGGAUUUGCAGCCCUCCAUCUCGCUGCCCUCAACAACCACAAAGACGUAGCUGAAGUGCUGAUUAAAGAGGGUCGGUGUGAGAUUAACGUUCGGAAUAACCGGAACCAGACACCUUUACAGCUCUCAGUUACCCAGGGUCACACUGGCAUCAUCCAGCUUCUGGUCGCUGAAGGCUGUAACGUGAAUGCAGAAGAUGAGGAUGGUGACACCGCCUUGCACGUGGCACUCUAUCGUCAACAGCUGGCAACCCGCUCGGCUACCAGGGAGGGCGAAGCCAGCUCUUUGUUUGCUAAUUUACAGACCUCUGGGUUACUGGGAUCUGCUGACUUGAAUGUGGGCACUGCCAUUGCCUGCUUCCUAGCCCAGGAUGGAGCGGAUAUUAACUACACAAACCACAAGGGCAAAACUCCCCUCGAUCUGGUCACAGAUGGCAGGACAAUACAGAUGGUCAAGAGUUUUGCAGAAAAAUUCAGGGGAUCGCAGCUGCAACCAACCGGGUCAGCAGUUCUACGCCGAGUCCACACUACUCCAAAUACCAUGACGAACCUUUUAAUGCCGGUGACUGCAGGUCCUGCUGAGUGCUUGGUGUGUUCAGAGCUGUCCUUCCUGGUGCUCUUUUCACCUUGUCAGCACACUGUAGUGUGUGAAGAGUGUUCUGUAAGAAUGAAGAAAUGUAUCAAAUGCCAAGUGUCUAUAUCAAAGAAAAUCAGACAUGAUAACACAGAAGUUGAAAGCAGCUCCACCAGUGAACCUCCCGACCAGAGAAAGUUGCUGGAACAGCUCCAGUCCCGAUACCGGCAGAUGGAGGAAAGGAUAACCUGCCCUAUAUGUAUUGACAAUCAGAUUAAAUUGGUGUUCCAGUGUGGUCACGGAUCCUGUCUGGAGUGCAGUGUUGCCCUAAAAGCAUGUCCAAUUUGUCGUCAGAACAUUCGAGAGCGGAUACAUAUUUUUGUUUGAUGCAUGGCAAGUCUUCUUUACUAUGUUUUUUUUUCCAAACAUUCUCUGUCCUGGACCUUUUCUGUGAUAUGCUGUGUUUGUGUUUGUAAUCAAACUUCAGUUUUAACCCUUCUCAGUGUCCUUAGAGUACACGUGUACUUGCUGCUCCUCAGCAUCCCUGAUAACUCGAAUGUCCCCUGUGUGGCUUCAGUGGGUGAUACAGUACCAAGGAGAGCAGCAAAACUGUACAUAACAUGAAGCAAGUUUAUUAAUCUGCUGUGCUGCUGCUCGAAAUAGUUGCAGACGCUUGAAAAAUGCACAAAGCUGCAGUAUAAAACCUUACUGAAUAUGUAUAUUAAAAACAAUGUAAUAUAAUCCAUUGUCUAAUAACUGUGGUUUAUGGUCAAUUGUAUAUAUUUAAAAGUUCUAGGAAUAUAAAAUGCACUUGAGUGAUUCUCCAGAUGCCAUAGUGAGCAAUGCUGGCCUUUCACAUCUGCACUCAGCAUCAGCGCCAACUCUACCAGGGUGGUAAUGAUUUAAAAUAACAAAAUUGUUAAUUAUUUGCAAACUUUAUUUUAAAAUUAUCUGCUUCCAACUUUCUAUCCACCAUUUUAAUUUGAAUUGGACAAUAUUACCUUUAAACAUUGUCUGAAAGAUGUGAUAAAAUGUUGAAAACAAUUGUGGUUCAUGGACAGAAGAAGGUAACCAGUUAAUUCAUCAUUUAAAUCCAGAGCUUUGGCUAUAAGUGUCACCCUUUGGUCAUGAAUGUAAGUUAUUCUGCUGAAACCAUAAUCAGGAAAUGUGAUUUGAUCCACGAGGUCAAGUUGGAAAGGAGACUGGUAAGGAAAAUUCAGUAGAAGAUAAUGAGAAUUAGUGCUUGUUUUAAUCUGUGAAAUGUUGAUCCUAUUUUUACUUAUACUUUCUAUUCUAGGAUGUUUUUAUAUUUAAAUAUUCCAUGAAAAUAAAAGCUAUGAAAAUAUGAAUUAGAAAGGAGCAGUUGUCUCAGGAGUCCUCAGCCCACCAAUUCCCAGCCUUGAUUUUGGAGUUGGGCGUUGUAUUCAGGGAGCACAUCAUGAUUAAGACCAGUGCAGUGUUGGGUUUCUGCAUCUGGAUAACUACAGAUUUUUGCUUUUAUUGGAUUUGUAGUGAUAUGGUGAAAGGACUUUAAUGAAAACGGAAAAUGUUGAAAAAUGCAGACACAGGAGACUCCAGAUGCUGGAAUCUGGAACAACAAACAAGAUGCUGGAGGAACUCAGCAGGUCAGGCAGCAUCUGUGGGGUGGGGGGGGUAUGUGGGAGUGGACAGUCAAAAUUCUGGGUUGAGAUCCUUCAUCUGGACUGAAAGAUGGAGGGGAGGUAGCUGGAAAUCCUCAGCAUUUUGGAAGAAGCAGCAGUUAAUGUUUUAAGUCAAAGACGUUUCCUCAGAACUGAGAAAGAGAUAACAGUGGGUUAGUCCCAGUGGCAGAGAAGGUGGAGAGGACAAUGAGUGUCUGUGAUGAGUGAAAUGAUGAGCAGGCAUUAACUGAGCAGUGACACCCCUGUGUCAUGCGUUGCUAAUGUUAUGAAGUCUGGUGAUGUUGCAUAGUCUGGUUUACUGGGACAUGCCAAAUGGGCUGGAAUAUACAAAUGAAAGGGAAAGGGAAGAGAGGAGUGGGAUGAACAAAUAGAGUCAUACAGCACGGAAACGGGCCCUUUGGCCCAACUCAUCCAUGCUGACUGUGUUGCCCAGUGAGCUAGUCCCAUCUGCCCGCAUUUGGCCCAGAGCCCUCUAAACCUCUCCUAUUCAUACACUUACCUAGAUGGCUUUUAAAUGUUGCUAAUGUGCCUGCUUCAACCACUAUUUCUGGCAGCUCAUUCCACCCUUUGCAUGAAGAAGCUGUCCCUGAGUCCCUCUUAAAUCUCUCGCCUUUGAUCUUAAACCUAUGGCCUCUUGUUUUUAGCACCAUGUGUUUUCACCCUGUCUACGCCCCUCAUGACCAUUUGAAUAGUCAGUCAAACAGAAGGACAAAGCCAGUUGCACAGCACAGACAAAGGGGCUUAUCUGCCCAGUUGACAGCUGCAUUAUCUCACCCUAUCACAGAAACACAUCUCCCUCCCCCACCUACCUAGACUAACUGGUCUUCUCUCUUCGACCUGAAACACUGACUGUUUCUCUCCCCCACAGAUGCUGCCCAACUUGCCGAGUGUUUCCAGCAAUUUCUGUUUUUAUUUUGAUUUCCAGCAUCUGCAAGUUUUUGACUGUCAGAACAUUAAUACUGUGCAUACCUAUGCUGGCACAGUGUGCACCGUAGAUUUUUGUCUCUUUGUUGUCUGAUUGGAAUGCAAAUUGCAUGUUGAUUUGUUAGUCUGUGGAUAAACUGGGGGAAAAAAAUGAGUUUUAUCAGGAUCGUGAUUCUAUCCAGACCUAGUGUUCUCCAAUUCUACUAGAAAGAUUGGAGGAAAGUUCUGUCACAAAGAAAAGGUAAUUCAGAGCUGGAGAGGUAGUCCAAUUAGUGUUUAGAUGUGCUCUAGAGAGCAAAGGUUGAUAAGUCUUUCAUACAUUGGUUACAAGUUGAAUAACUGUGUAUAUCUUUAAUAAUUAAAACAAAUUAGCUAGAAAAUGCUUUCACAAGAGGUUUUUGCCUUUUAUAUCACAACCAUUUCCAACUGACUCAGGAUUAAAUCACCAGUUUAUUUGCAACAAAACAUGAAUAGAUAUAAAAAUGCAUGGCUGGUGUUACUUAAAUCAAUAACAGGAUUGCAACAAUGAACUCUAGGGACUGAAGGUCAUACCAACAUUUGGAAAGGAUUGACAUGUUAACACACUUAUCUGUCUCACCAGAAUGAAUCAAAGACAUCCAAACUAAUUUAAUGUCUCAAACAGCCUUUAUCAGCUCACGGUAACGUUUGAAAAUGCAGUUUGGAAAAACUGAACAGAUUGGUAUAAUGUGAUAGUGCAGAGAGAGUGUUUCAUUCUUUGUGUUGGUAUGUGGUAGCUUUUUUUCUGAAACCUUACAUGUUAUUAGUAGGUUGUUUUAUUGAAAUGUUACAUAGUUCAGCAGCUUUUUAUUGAGUUGAAUCUUCCUGACACAGUGAAACAGGUUACAUGUGCCAGACAGAUUGUAUCGCUGUGGAAAGUGUGUCCUCAGGAAUUGCUGUUCAAAUAAAAUUGCAGUUCCCAAAUGUCUGGCUUUCUUGUGCACAUUUCUCCUCUUUCCUAAUAUCUUUCUUGAGAUUACAGAAGGUUCAGACCACAAAUUGCUCAAUGUCUUUUCUCAGGAGGAAAGACCUUUGAUCUCCUUUGUAGACUAAAUUAGCUUUAGUCCAGCAGUAGACUGUGCCUGUUAACAGAAUGGACAGGAAGGAUAUGCCCAGCAUCACUGGUUUUUGUGGUUUGUGAAAAUGAACUUUACAAAACAUCUUGUCAUCAAAAAUACAGCAACAUAAACCUUUGAUCAAACGUUUGUAGAAAACGAUGAAAUAUUGUGAAGAUCCUUGGACAACACCAAUUUCUUGCACUUUGUUGCCAGAGGCAGUGUUCAACAGGUCCCUUCUCGGGGACGACGGAGGAAAGUCACACUGAACAGUAGUUCUGGAUCUCGGGGUUAAGGAACCGAUUGAUGUCUUGGUCAAGACAAAGUAAUCAUUCACUAAAAGUGGGAUGGUACUGUUGUCUGAAAGAACGGUAAAAGCGUCACAACAAGGAGGUGAGGAGAUAGGUGAGACUACAGGACUUCCUGAUGGUGUUCAAGGUCUUGUUCUCGUGGCCUUAUAACAUCGGGAAUCCUCAUGUUUAAGUUCUAGCUGUAAAUAAAUGAUUUGGAAUUACAGUUGUGAUUAUGAUACA